UUACGACGGCCAUAAAUAAAAUAAAAUAAUGAGAGAGGAGAUCUGACUGUCAUAUAUCAGGAUUUUCCGUUAGAAAAAAUGAUCAUAUCACUUUAUAUAUGUGUCUGUAUAUGCCUGCAAGGUAUCGUUAUUUAUAUCCUGACUUGGCAAUAAUCAAAACAAACAAACCAAAAAAAGGAAAACCUGGAAUCUCUACAUUUCAAUGGUGGUUCCUACAUGAUGCUCAUCUUCAGACAAUCUGACAUCAUCUACAUCAUCACCAUCAUCAGAUCAGCCAAGGGCAAUAAGAAGGAAGAUGUAUCUAGUAUACAGAGAAGCAGCAUGACAUGAGAAAUACAGAGAGAGAGAGAGAGAGAGAGGGAGAGAGGGAGAGAUAGAGUUGAUGGCAAACAAAUGGAUAUAACCAUUACAGAAGUUUGGAUGUUUAUUUGCUCUUCAGCCUUCCUACCUGACUGAUAUAUGAUUUUCUAGGUCAUGUCUUGUGCAGGAGUUGCCUUUUUUUGUGACUUACAGUUCACUAACAAAGAUGCACUUUCGAUUCCAUGUCCUUGUGCCUCAUAUGGCUCAUAUGGUGGACUAUAAACCACCAGCAUUUACAAACACUGGUAUCUGUCCGUUAUGUUCUCUGGGUUUUAUACAUUUAAAAAGCGAUGAGCAAUUUCAAUUAGAAAACAUGCUCUGAAAUGUAAUCUCUAUUCUUUGAUGUACAUACAGCAGACAGAAUUAGGCUAUUUACUGCUGGGUUCUAUUUAUUUAUUAAUAUAUGCACAGGCAGACACACACACACACACACACAGCACACACACACAGCACAUCCAAUCAGGAAGAAGAUGCAUGACUCGGACCAUCAGGCAGCUCGAUUACCUCAUUAGGAACACUUAAAACAUUGAAAACACAGACAUCUAGUGUUACUGUAUUAUUAGAGCCUGCAACGAUGCUCAUGCAUCUUUCUACAUUGCAGUGUUCUUCUUCCUCAUCUUCUUUUACAUCUUCAUUCCUUAAUUCCAAUUCACAGUCUCCAUUUCCAAUAAUGUAGAGCAACAGAUGCAUUAAAGUGUCCUUGGAAUACAGUGUGUGUGUGUGUGUGUGUAUAUGUGUGUUUAUAUGUGAUGAGACGAUGACAAGGCUUUGUUAUGGGAACAGAGGAGCCUUGUAUCCUCAUGAAUUAUGCAUAUGCAGCUGCAAGAUAAAGGAGACAGAGACGUGCAGUCACAGAGAUAAAGACACAGCAGACUCUCGGCCCGUGUUUUUCUUUCUUUCUUUCUUUUCUUUUUUUUUUUUCAACCACGAUGGUGGCCACGGAUGCUGGUUGCCAUGGAUACUCAGAAAGGAGGAAUGAAGGUACAGUUGUCUAGCUGCUCGCUGCCAAAGGUUUGGACAGUUAAGCUGAAGUGAGAUCGUAGUCGUUUGCUUUUGCAAUAUCGAUAUUGUGUAAAUGGACCAGGUGACCGGUAAUGUUUUGUGAAAUGCUUUGGGGAUUUAUUUCAUAUUUUUUUCGGGAUGCUGUGAUUAUCCUGAGCAAUCGGAGACGUUCCAGACGAGCGAGUGCUUCUUUGUUUUGGAGACACGUGAGCUAACAAAAGGAAUCAUUUCCAGCCAGCACAGUGGCAGUCAGUCAUUAUUUAAGGUGUUAAUGAAAGUUGAACGGGUGCACUAGUGGGUUGUAAUAAACUCAAAAGCGUAUUUUUAUGACAAUUUGGAAUUUUUACGUGAUAUUUUCGGAGCUAUGAGUGUGUCUGUCGAGACAAAGGCCCAUGGAGCGGACGAUCCCAUAAGCAGCCGUUUGAGUGUGUCGAGUGGCGCGAUGGGCAGCCUGGGCGAAGGUGUGGAUGCCAGCAUGGUUAGCGAGGCUCUCCUGGAGGCCCUGUGUCCAGAGUGUGGGCAGAUCCACCGCUCCUGGGAGAACCACCUGUACAACUACAGGCUGGAGGUGGACGAUGACCUGGUGUGUCACAUCUGCCUGCAGCCCCUGGUGCAGCCUUUGGACACGCCGUGCGGCCACACGUUCUGUGCCCGCUGCCUACGCAGCUUCCUGCAGGAGCGCGACUUCUGCCCGCUGGAUCGUGCCAGGCUGCAGCUGCAGGGCUGCCGACGAUCCAGUAUCCUGGUGCAUAAACUGCUGGAUAAACUGUCUGUCACGUGCCCGCUCACACCAGUCUGCUCUCUUAGCAUGCCACGCUGUGACCUGGAGGCACAUCUCAAACACAGGUGUCCUGGGACACAGGGUCAGAGAGCAGUCCUGGAGGGCAGCCAGGUUAAAGGAUGCGAGGACAAAACCAUGGUGACCGAUGCCUCCAAAUCCCCACAGAGUGAGCUGAGGGAGAGCACAUCGCCGCCCCCUGCUGGCUCCAAUGCCUGCAGCAGCGGCAGCAACGUGCCCGUGUGGACGGAGGAGCGAGGUGUCGACAACCCGGCCUUCGAGGAGAGCACCGAGGAGGACAGUGUUCAAGGUUUGGAGCGUGUCCCUCCGCGUGUAAAGCGUCCUCUCAGUAACCCCUGCAUCCACCUUCUCCGCACCGGCAGCUCCACAUCAUCAGGCUGGGACUUUGUUGAGUCUCUGCCCUUAUCUGCAGAAGAGGGUUGUGUAAAGUUGCCGUCGUUGCCCGAAGGCGAGAUCACUACCAUUGAGAUUCAUCGCUCAAACCCCUACGUGGAGUUGGGUAUAAGUAUAGUCGGGGGCAACGAGACGCCUCUCAUAAACAUUGUAAUCCAGGAGGUGUACCGUGACGGUGUCAUUGCUCGAGAUGGGAGGCUGCUGGCAGGUGACCAAAUUCUACAGGUAAACAACGUAGACAUCAGUAACACGCCGCAUAACUUCGCCCGUUCCACACUGGCUCGCCCAUGUGCCACCUUACAGCUUACCGUGCUUAGAGAGCGCCGUUGCAGCGCCCGACCUCCCCCCGUGCCCGCUGUUCCUGCCCCUGCAGUGCCUGAGGGCAGCCCGGGCAGCCUGCGCAUCACCCUGCACAAGCGGGACUCUACCGAACAGCUGGGCAUCAAGCUGGUGCGGCGCACAGACGAGCCCGGCGUGUUCGUGCUGGAACUGCUGGAGGGGGGUUUAGCUGCCAAGGACGGACGGCUGCACAGCAACGACAGAGUGCUGGCCGUGAACGAGCAUGACCUGAGGCACGGCACACCUGAGCAAGCUGCACAGAUUAUACAGGCCAGUGGAGAGAGAGUGAAUCUGCUGAUCAGCAGGCCUGGCAAGCAGACCAUGGCUGUACACACGGGCUCGGGUUCAGCCCGUGAUAGCUGGUGCCAUGAACACUUCCUGCCUCCGGCGCACCACACGGCUGUGCCAAAUCCCACACCCAACCUUCAGCUCAGCCGCUCUUCUACAUACAGGGACCUCUCUCAGUGUGUCACCUGCAAGGAAAAACACAUCACUGUGAAGAAGGAGCCACAAGAAUCGCUGGGAAUGACCGUGGCUGGGGGGCGGGGGAGUAAGAGCGGCGAGCUGCCCAUCUUCGUCACGAGCGUCCAACCGCAUGGCUGCCUGUCACGGGACGGAAGAAUCAAGCGGGGAGACGUGCUGCUGAGCAUCAACGGUCAGGACUUGACAUCCCUGAGCCACAGUGACGCAGUGGGCACGCUGAAAUCCAGCGCCGCCUCGUGCUCGGUGCAGCUGCGGGCGCUGGAGGUGAGCAUGGUGGACGAGCCGGGGCAGGACGAGGGCCUUCUGCCUCACCACGAGAGCGACUACGACGCCAGCUGGUCACCGUCCUGGGUCAUGUGGCUGGGUCUGCCCAGCUACCUGAACAGUAGUCACGAAAUCGUCCUGCGCCGGAGUCACCCUGGUAGCUGGGGCUUCAGCAUCGUGGGCGGUUAUGAGGACAACCACAUCAACCAGGCAUUUUUCAUCAAGACUAUAGUAUUAGGGACUCCUGCCUAUUACGACGGCCGCCUGAAGUGUGGUGACAUGAUCGUGGCAGUGAACGGACUUCCCACAGCGGGUAUGAGUCACUCGGCCCUUGUGCCCAUGCUAAAGGAGCAGCGCAGUCGGGUGGCGCUCACCGUCAUCUCCUGGCCUGGUAGCCUGGCGUAGUCUCUCCGUCCUCGCAUCCAAGCGUUUUAUCAUUCCUGUGUCCCUUCUGCUCUGCCACGGAUGCCAUAGUGUCAGUGUGAGUCUCAAAAACUUGAAUGCUUCACUCGAUGCUGAAAGAAAAGAAAAGAAAAAAAAAAAAAAAAACACAACCUGGCCUUAGAGAACCCUGCCACGCCCAUGAGGGAAGCCCCGCCCCUCUGGAAAGCAGCCUUAAGGCCUUCUCAUGACUCCACCCUGCCAGGGGUUUUAUAUGUAAAUGUUAUCUCUAUCUCGUGUGUGUGUGUGUGUGAGUGAGGGUGAAUACAAGUGAGGAUGUUUGAAUAUGUGUAUGUGUACAGGUGUUUAAUAAAUAAAUCUUUCCCAGAGACACGUGCGUGAUAAAGCUCAGUGUUUGCAGUGCGGGCGUGUGGCCACAGCUUAGAGUUGAGUCAAUUUACGAAAGCCUACACGAGUCACAUUUGGCCAAGUGUCAUCUGACCUGGUUUUUUCACCAAGAUUAUCAGCCCUCAGCAAUGAAAAAAAAAAAAAGAGAGACAACUUACAGUUCACUAAGCACAAUCUCACAGGUAAAAGAAAAAAAAAUUAAUCCCAUGCAAACAUGGCAGGAUCCUGCACUUUUAUCACCACAGCCCAGGUUCGAUUCCCAGGCAGGGAGCUAACCCACCCAUUGAAGAGUCAACUCUUAGUACCAAUCCCAAGCCUAGCUAAAACAGGAGGGUAGCAUCAGGGAGGGCAUCCAG